AUGGCUUUCCACACUCGCUCUAACAGCUUCCCUUCAAGGCCGCACCCAGUCGUUCAAGAAAUUGAUGAACAUUUGUGUAGACUGAGGUCUUCUGAGGCCACCUCCACAUCAUCAUCAUCAAUCAGCCACAAACUGAGUGACCUCCAAAACUUGCAUGAUUGUGUUGAUAGGUUGCUUCAGUUGUCCCUCACUCAACAAGCCUUGGCACAAGAGCAGAAUGAGAAAUGGACUAAUGUGCUAUUAGAUGGCUCUCUAAGGCUCUUGGAUAUUUGUAGCACUGCCAAGGAUGCCUUGUUACAAACCAAGGAAUGCAUACAGGACCUUCAAUCAAUCAUGCGAAGAACACAGGGAGGUGAAUGUGGAGCACUCACAACUGAGGUCAGGAAAUACUUGACCUCUAGGAAGAUGGUGAAAAAGGCAAUCCACAAGGCUAUGGGAUAA